GGAAAUUGGUUCCACAUCUGGAGGCAUCGAUUUUAGUCACAUUGCCCAAUCGGUUCGACGACAGCAUUUAAAUAACACAUACCUGCGUUUUGUCGCGACACCAGACUGAGCUGUAACAGGUGGUUUUUAUUGAGCGUCUCACUUUGGCGCUGUCGAGACCAUUAUCUUUUGGAUAAAUGAGCCACACAGGCCGUUUUACGGACUGGGCUCUGAAAUGAGGGCGCACUUUGCGUUAAGUUUUUGAUUUUCGGACGAGUGGACAACAGUUUGUAACGGAGGGGCGAACAGCCGGAAGGUCUCUGCUUCUCAAUGAUAAGCUCGGUGUGUGUUUCGUCUUACCGAGGGCGCAAGUCAGGCAACAAACCUCCGUCCAAAUCAUGUCUGAAGGAGGAGAUGGCCAGGGGGGAAGACUCGGACAAAAUUAUCAUCAACGUGGGCGGCACUCGACAUGAAACCUACAAGAGCACCCUCAGGACCCUGCCGGGGACCCGCCUGGCGUGGCUGGCGGACCCGGACACGCAGGUCAGGUCCGACUCGGACGCUGCGCCCCCGAGUGCCACCGAGUUCUUCUUCGACAGACACCCGGGCAUCUUCGCGUACGUGCUCAACUACUACCGGACCGGCAAGCUGCACUGCCCGGCCGACGUCUGCGGGCCGCUCUUCGAGGAGGAGCUCGCGUUUUGGGGGAUAGACGAGACCGACGUGGAGCCGUGCUGCUGGAUGACCUACCGCCAGCACCGGGACGCGGAGGAGGCCCUUGAAAUAUUCGAAACGCCGGACCUGGAGGACACCGACGACGACAGAGAGAUGCCCAGGCGGUUCGGCAUCGAGGACUGUCCCGAUAGGUCGAGGGGCUGCUGCGAAGUUUGGCAGCCGAAGAUCUGGGCCCUGUUUGACGACCCGUACUCCUCCAGAGCAGCCAGGGGAGUUGCAUUUGCCUCUCUCUUCUUCAUCCUGGUGUCCAUCACCACCUUCUGCCUGGAGACCCAUGAAGCCUUCAAUGAACUGCAGAACAGGACAGAGCGGGUUGUCGUGGGCAACAUCACAGUCGAAGUGGAGAGGAGAGAGAUGGUAACCAAACCCAUCCUCACACUGGUAGAGGGCAUCUGUGUGAUCUGGUUCACAUUUGAAUUUUUGGUGCGUAUCGUCUGCUGCCCAGACAAGGUGGUCUUCAUCAAAAACACACUAAACAUCAUUGACUUUGUGGCCAUUCUGCCCUUCUACCUGGAGAUGGGCCUGAGCAGUCUGUCAUCCAAAGCUGCCAGCGACGUGCUGGGCUUCCUCCGAGUGGUGCGGUUUGUUCGGAUCCUCCGGAUCUUCAAACUGACGCGGCACUUUGUAGGCCUGCGCGUUCUGGGCCACACGCUGAAGGCCAGUGUCAAUGAAUUCCUCCUACUCAUUAUCUUCUUGGCACUGGGUGUACUUAUCUUCGCCACCAUGAUUUACUACGCUGAGCGCAUCGGAGCCAGGCCCGACGACCCAACAGGCUCCAACCACACACACUUCAAGAACAUCCCCAUCAGCUUCUGGUGGGCAGUGGUUACCAUGACGACAUUGGGCUACGGAGACAUGUACCCACAGACGUGGCUGGGCAUGAUGGUGGGGGCGCUGUGCGCGCUAGCUGGGGUGCUGACCAUCGCCAUGCCGGUCCCCGUCAUCGUCAAUAACUUUGGGAUGUACUACUCGCUGGCUAUGGCUAAACAAAAGCUGCCAAAAAAGAAGAAGAAGCACAACCCCAACCCAGACGCUCCGACUGAUUCGGCCUCGUUUGGGAAGUCUGAAACAAACUCACACAGAGACAGCACGCAGAGCGACACAUGUCCGCUGGCUGCUGAAGAGAGUGUCAGCAGGAACCGUUCAGAUUCCAAACAGAAUGGGGAUGCAAAUGUCGCCCUUUCCGAGGAGGAAGGCUGCAGCCUGACCCAGCCACUGUCCCCCAGUGAAAAAUGGUCCCUGCGGUGCACCCGAGGGAGAGACAAGACUAAGAAAGAGGCCACAUGCUUCCUCCUAACCUCUGGAGACCACAGUGUCCAUACUGACAGCUGUAAAGACAUCCUCGCUGCCACUGGAAACUAUGCUCAGCCGGAGGUCACCACUCUUACCUGAUGCUGAUUGGCUAUGAAAAGGAGAAAGAGCAUGAAAUCGCAGUGGAGUACAUGCUGAGCAGAGCUUCACCUCUGGCCCCUGCUUUCUUUUCCUUCCUGAAUGAACUGCAGACCGGAUUCUUUUUAUUCAGGACACCUUCUUUUUGUUUUUUUGUUUCUG